ACCUGAAAGGACUUGUUGCACGAUGGAAGAAUAUGACUCUGAGAAAAAGAUGGAGAAAGAAAAUCUAGGGCCGAGAAUGGAUUCUCCGCUAGGGGAACCGGAAGGAUCGCUUGGGUGGGUGCUACCAAAUACAGCCGUGAAGAAAAAGGUGCUGUUGAUGGGUAAAAGUGGUUCUGGUAAGACCAGCAUGAGAUCUAUUAUCUUUGCAAAUUAUAUUGCCAGAGACACACGUCGCCUUGGUGCAACAAUACUAGACCGUUUACAUAGUCUUCAAAUUAAUAGCAGUUUGAGCACCUACUCUCUCGUAGACUCUGUUGGAAAUACAAAAACAUUUGAUGUGGAACAUUCUCAUGUUCGAUUUCUGGGAAACUUGGUAUUGAACCUAUGGGAUUGUGGUGGACAAGACACUUUCAUGGAAAAUUAUUUUACUAGCCAACGAGACAACAUCUUCCGAAAUGUGGAGGUUCUAAUUUAUGUCUUUGAUGUGGAAAGCCGUGAACUUGAAAAGGACAUGCACUAUUAUCAAUCAUGCCUAGAGGCUAUUCUGCAGAACUCCCCAGAUGCCAAAAUUUUUUGCUUGGUACACAAAAUGGAUCUGGUACAAGAGGAUCAACGGGACUUGAUUUUUAAAGAGCGAGAAGAAGAUCUGAGGCGUUUGUCUCGCCCAUUGGAAUGUUCUUGUUUCCGAACAUCAAUUUGGGAUGAAACUCUUUAUAAGGCUUGGUCCAGCAUUGUUUAUCAGCUGAUUCCCAAUGUUCAACAAUUGGAAAUGAACCUAAGAAAUUUUGCUGAAAUUAUUGAAGCUGAUGAAGUACUUCUGUUUGAGAGAGCUACUUUUCUGGUGAUUUCUCAUUAUCAGUGUAAAGAGCAGCGAGAUGCCCAUAGAUUUGAGAAAAUCAGCAACAUUAUUAAGCAGUUUAAACUGAGUUGCAGCAAACUGGCUGCCUCUUUCCAGAGUAUGGAAGUCAGGAACUCGAAUUUUGCUGCUUUCAUUGACAUCUUCACAUCUAACACUUAUGUGAUGGUCGUGAUGUCUGAUCCAUCCAUUCCUUCUGCAGCUACUCUGAUCAACAUCCGAAAUGCCAGGAAGCACUUUGAAAAGCUGGAAAGAGUGGAUGGACCAAAGCAGUGUCUUCUCAUGCGCUGAACAUUGCUGAUAUUGUUUCACACAGAAAUUCAAACACUGUAUCAUAAUAAGUAUUAAUGUUGUAUUCAUAUAUGUAGGCUGUCUCUGAAAUGUUGUGAUGCUUACCACUUUUAUUCCUUCUCUACUCCCCAGUCUUAACCAUUAACCUAGAAUGCUAUUUACUCAAAUAGCCAGUGAGGAGUUAGAAGAUGAGCUGUCCAUGAAAUUGGUGUAACAUAAAACUAGGUCAGAUAUAUAAGUGUUCUGAUAACACGGUUCUAAAAGUGUGUAAGUGUUGUGAUAGCCUGGUUCCAAUAGUUGUGUAUGCUAAAGCCUUUCCCAGCAUUCUCUUUUAUUCAAUAUUAGACAGUAACAUAAGUUUAGAGUAUUAAUGUUUUCUCAGCAUGCAUUAAAAAUAUUCCUUAACUUCAAUUAUAAAUAAACUUGCUGUUAGGGAUUUCAGUGUCUGUUUUUCUUUACUUUGUUUCUUCAACUUUGCUGUAAGAAAGUGCAAAGUAAUCUGUUAUUCUAGUGAAGAGAACCUGCUGUAAAGAAUGAGAGAUUAGAAACAUUUAGAGCUAAAUGUAUGCACAUUCAGGCCAUACUCU